GCCACAGUCCAAACACUAUUAAACCCCCCUACUUCCCGCCUUUUCUCUCCAUCCAAAUUACAAUUCAUUCCAAUCGCAAUAUCCCGUCCAAACAUGUCAUCCAGACUCAAAGUAGACGACAUCCGAACCCUCCUCGCCCAGCGCGGCCUCGACACCUCCGGGACCAAGCUGGUCCUACUCAAACGGCUCGAAUCCGCUUGCAGCAACGACGGCAAUUCCUCAUCCGACGUCGUUGGUAAGAAAAGGCCGAGAAGGCGGCCAAACGAGGACGGUGCCGAGUCCCAGAAGGUCGAUUCUGUUGAAACGAUCAGCGGGAUGGGCAUCCAGCAGUUGCGGGAACAGGCGGCGCUUCACGGCGUAUCGGCGAGCGGCUCGAAGAAAGACCUAGUCAAGCGGAUAUGCGCGGCUAUCAAGGAGGGCUUGGACGACGUUCCGGAAGAGAAAGAAGUUGAUGAUGAUAAGGAGAAAUUGGUCACAGCUACCAAGAAAGGUGGUGCAGUUUUGGAUCAAUGGCUCCCAGAUCAUAUAAAGUCAAACUACCAUGUUUUGCAGCAUGGUGAUGAAAUCUAUGAUGCCAUUCUGAAUCAAACAAAUGUUGGGGCAAACAACAACAAGUUCUAUGUGAUUCAAGCUCUUGAAUCUGAUGAUGGCGGCACGUUCCUGGUUUACAAUAGAUGGGGAAGAGUUGGAGUAAAAGGUCAAGAUAAGCUACAUGGACCUUACACCUCCUGUGACGGUGCAAUCAAUGAGUUCCAGCAGAAAUUCUUUGACAAAACAAAGAAUCAAUGGUUGGAUCGCAAAGAAUUUAUUUGUUAUCCGAAGUGCUAUACUUGGUUGGAAAUGGACUACAGCGAAGCAGAAAAAGCAGUUGUUUGUAAUAAACCCAAUGGCUCUAUAAUUGGUAGUCAACUUCGGGAGACACGACUUGAACCCCGCCUUGCAAAGUUCAUCUCUCUCAUUUGCAAUAUCAGCAUGAUGAAGCAGCAAAUGUUAGAAAUAGGAUACAAUGCUGAAAAACUGCCACUUGGUAAGCUAAGCAAAUCUACAAUUUUGAAGGGCUAUGAUGUCUUGAAGCGGAUAUCUGAUGUGAUAGGCCAAUCUGACAGGAAAAAACUUGAGCUAUUAAGUGGAGAGUUCUACACUGUGAUCCCCCACGACUUUGGCUUUAGGAAGAUGCGUGACUUUGUCAUCGACACACCUGUGAAAUUGAAAAGCAAGUUGGAAAUGGUGGAAGCACUAGGUGAGAUUGAGGUUGCCUCUAAAUUGUUGAAAGACGACAAUGACCAGGAUGAUCCCUUGUAUUCCCAUUACCAACACCUUCAUUGUGAAUUGACACCUCUUGAAGUUGAUUCUGAAGAAUUUUCUAUGAUAGAGAAGUAUAUGAAGAAUACUCAUGCCAAAACACAUUCAAAUUAUACAGUUGAUAUUGUACAAAUAUUCAAGGCAUCUAGGGAAGUUGAAGCAGAACGCUUCAGAAAGUUUUCUAGCAUGAAAAAUAGAAUGCUUUUGUGGCAUGGCUCUCGACUUACAAAUUGGACUGGCAUUCUGUCGCAAGGAUUACGGAUCGCUCCUCCAGAAGCACCUUCCACAGGUUAUAUGUUUGGAAAAGGUGUUUAUUUUGCUGAUAUGUUCUCAAAAAGUGCCAAUUAUUGCUACUCUACUAAGGCAUGUAGGGUCGGCGUGCUUCUCUUGUGUGAGGUUGCACUUGGUGACAUGGCUGAGCUUCUAUCUGAAAAUUAUAAUGCUGAUAAGUUGCCGAAGGGAAAGCUAAGCACAAAAGGUGUUGGAGCAACAGCGCCAGAUCCCUCAGAGUUUCAGACACUUGAAGAUGGUGUUGUUGUUCCCCUCGGCAAGCCAACAAAGCAUCCGGUUCCUGAGUGUAGCUUGGGGUACAACGAAUACAUUGUGUACAAUGUUGAUCAGAUUCGGAUGCAAUAUGUUGUUCAAGUAAAUUUCAAUUACAAGCAAUGAUGAUCAGCCACUAGAAUUUUUCUCCAGUUCCGAAGGAUUCGAUCAGUUUUGCAUCACUUCUAAAGUCUUCCCAGAUGCAAGAUGGGCCCCUUCUACUCUCAUUGAUGUGCCAUUUUAGAAAUCUUUCUUGUAUCUUUUAGAGUUUGUGUUAUGUAUUUGCACUGUAAUAGUCAUCAUGUCCAGCCAGGUCAAGUCAACUUGUAGACUCAAGACUCUCUCCCUCUUUGAUGUGCAGCCAGGUUAGGUCGACUCGUAAGACUCAGAUGCAUAUCUAACAAAUAAUAUUUAAAUUUUAAAGUAGUAGUAAAUGUUUAACAUGUUUACUA